GUGGUUAACGUAACGGUCUUAUGCUCUAUCUUAGCUAACUAGCGGAGUGGGAUGAUCAAAUGUUCAUUUGGCGUAUUAAUUACGACGUGUAGUGUGGUAAAUUUAUUUCACUGCAUGGAAAUUGAGUAGCAAACUGUUUUUUUUUAGCUAGCUAACUGGCUGUCAGUUUAGCAUCAGCGUAGGCUAAUAGUGAAGAGCCGUUGAGACUUGGUAAAUAGUACACGGUAAGCAUAACAACAGCACGCCAGCGGGGAGUUUAUCGUGUUUGGAUCGCGGUCGCUGGCUGUCGAGUUCAGCUAGUUUGUAGUGGAGCACCGGUAGGCUGCCACACGCAGUGGUAAGAUGGCGCUUAAAAGAAUCCAAAAGGAGCUGACUGACCUGGCCCGUGAUCCUCCUGCACAGUGUUCAGCAGGCCCAGUGGGGGACGAUGUGUUUCAUUGGCAGGCUACAAUCAUGGGCCCUAAUGAGAGCCCAUAUCAGGGUGGUGUUUUCUUUCUGACUAUACACUUCCCAACAGACUACCCCUUCAAGCCCCCAAAGGUUGCAUUCACCACAAGAAUUUACCACCCAAAUAUUAACAGUAAUGGCAGCAUUUGUCUGGAUAUCCUCAGGUCACAGUGGUCCCCUGCACUUACAAUUUCUAAAGUUCUCCUGUCCAUCUGUUCCCUUUUAUGUGAUCCAAACCCAGACGAUCCUCUUGUGCCAGAGAUUGCACGAAUCUAUAAAACAGACACAGAGAAGUACAAUAAAAUGGCCAGAGAAUGGACAGAGAAAUACGCCAUGUUGUAGGUGAGGGGUACAACAGAAUAGCGCGGGAAUGGACGCAGAAAUAUGCCAUGUGAUGGUGGCAGGACACAUACAAACUGUGUUGUUUAUGCUCUCGUGUUUGGAUACUGUCUUAAGGCCAUUUUAUCCUGUAUGUCUCUUACUGAGGAACAGUCUCGGUUUGCCUGCUCAAAUAAGACUGCAGCAAGACCUACAGGAAUUGACAGUCUUCAGCUCUAAUCUGGACCCCUUCCGUCCAGUGGAAUCUUUUCUCCGUUUCCUGCUUCUCUGCCUUGUGGUCCAUGUGUCGGUCAUUCUCUCUGGCCUCUUGGGUCAUGCCGUCUAUAUUUGACCGCAGUACUGGCCUACUCAGGGAGGGGGAAUUUAACUGUAGGCUGUGCUGCUUCUUCAGGGCUAUACUCCUGCAAUGCAUGUCAUCACAGGGUGAAGGGGUCAGGUGUUGCACAGCAGUGGGAUUUUGACACUGGUUCCUCUGUCCUGCUAGAUCAUAAAGAUCUGGAACAUUCAAAGCCACUCUUGGCCCAACAUUACACAGCUGUGGCAAUGAAAUUCAACUUGCUCAAUUGGCGUAAAUGUCCUGCUACCUUUUUUCCCCCUCAAUAAAGUUGCGUAACUAAU